GCUGCCUCGAACGACCACGUCGAGACAAUGAAGCUUUGGUUGGCCAAGGGAGCUGACAUCAAGAGAGCCGACAGUGACGGAUACCCCGCUUUGAAUUGGGCUGCUGAACACGGACAAGUCGAUGCUGCGCGCUAUUUGUUGGCGAAUGGAGCUGAGCUCGAUCUGCCAGUAAACUCAGGAGCGACCCCAUUCAUCAGUGCCUGUAUCCACGGACGAGUUGAUGUCGCUCGAUUCUUGCUGGAAAGUGGUGCAGACAUUGAGAAACGAGAUCGGAAUGGA